GAGCGCACAAAUUGCAGAUAUUUUAUUAUAGGCACUCCAGAAAACUUCUCGGCUUUCGAUGCCAAACAUCCUUAUCAAUCUCCCAAAAUUCGUAGUUGUCUUCUCCUGGUUUUAGGGGUUUUAGCGUUCUCUCUCUCUCUAAGAAGCCUAUGAUUCAUCUCUCUCUCAGAAGCCUAUGAUUCAUGUGUAGGACUGCAAUGGGUUCUGCGAUGAAACCAGAAGAAGAGAGAGAGAGAGAAGAAGAGGAGAUAUUAACUGAAAAAUGUGAUAGGUUUUGCAUGUUCCCUAUCAGACACAAGCAGCUCUGGGAGAUGUACAAGAAAGCUCAAGCAAGCUUCUGGACUGCCGAGGAAGUUGAUCUUUCUGCCGAUAUUAAUCAAUGGGAAAGCCUUUCAGGCAAUGAGAAGCACUUCAUAAGUCAUGUGCUUGCGUUCUUUGCUUCAUCGGAUGGAAUUGUCUUGGAAAACCUAGCUGCUAGAUUCUUGAAUGAUAUUCAGCUGCCUGAGGCUCGGGCAUUUUAUGGUUUCCAGAUAGCAAUGGAGAAUAUCCACUCUGAAAUGUAUAGCUUACUUUUGGAGACUUACAUCAAAGAUUCUAGAGAGAAGCAACGGUUAUUCAACGCCAUAGAGAGUAUUUCUUGUGUGGCUCGAAAGGCCAAGUGGGCUAUAGAUUGGAUUCAAUGCUCAAAUUCAUUUGCAGAAAGACUUGUUGCCUUCUCAUGCAUUGAGGGUAUUUUCUUCUCUGGGAGUUUUUGUGCCAUUUUUUGGCUUAAAAAGCGAGGUUUGAUGCCUGGAUUAACCUUCUCGAAUGAACUUAUCUCAAGAGAUGAGGGUCUACAUUGUGAUUUUGCUUGUUUGUUGUAUAGCUUGCUGAGAAGGCCUCUCAGUGAACAACGGGUGCACCAAAUUGUGCAUGAUUCCGUAGAAAUAGAAACUGAAUUUGUCUGUGAAGCUCUUCCUUGUGAUCUGAUUGGCAUGAACUCAGUUCUUAUGAGCCAAUACAUAAAAUUUGUUGCUGAUCGUUUGCUGGUUUCUUUAGGUUACCACAAAAAGUACAACGUUGAAAACCCAUUUGAGUGGAUGGACUUCAUUUCUUUGCAGGGAAAGGCAAAUUUCUUUGAGAGAAGGGUGGGUGACUAUCAAAAAGCUUCAGUCAUGUCUAACAUCCACAAUGGAGUGGACAACCAUGUUUUUACAACUGAUGAGGACUUUUAACUUUGAAAAAAAUCGUCUCCUAUUCCAUUUCACCCUUACAAAUAGUGUGAGACAAAAGUAAAUUGAGGUUGGUGCCGCUGUGAGAGAAAGAGACACCAAACAUUAAAAGGAGAGAGGACGAGAACCGUGCCCUGCGUUAAAGGGCGAAUCAUAAAAAGAGCGAGAGAGGAGGCAUUCAUUAAAUUUGUCAAAUAUCUUCCAAGUGGAUCGGUGGGUGGUGGCAGGCGAAUGCAUGAGUGUUUGUCUUGCCUUUUGCUCACCAUUCCCUUGAUUGAGGCCCACCCAUAAAGCCCUCGAUCGUGACCCUUCCUCUCUCUCUAAAAGUCCAAAUGCUUCUGGCUCGGCUUGGCUCAAUUUCAACUGUAUCAUAUUCACUCGAGAGUUUUGUUUCGUUUAGGGAGAAAAAUGA